AUGUGGUGGAGCCUGUGUCAGCUUUCUCCUCUGAUUCUCUCGAUAUGCUCGCUGGCUUUAGCGGCAUGGCAGGCCACAGCUACAGCACACAGGGAGCUCGAGGCGUUGCCUUCCCAGAGAAGAAGCAGCAGAGAUGUUAAUUCUGCAGCUCCUGUCGACUGUCAGCUGAGCCAGUGGUCAGAAUGGACUGAUUGCUUUCCUUGCCAAGAGAAAAAACCUGUGAAGGUGAUGUCUCUGUACAAGUUAGGCCGUGCCGAGGCGACGUGCACUGGACCCCCUGGCUGCGGGAAGGACUUUCGGUGUGAGGAAACAGGUCGCUGUAUUAAACAGCAUCUUGUGUGCAACGGAGAGCCAGACUGCAGAGAUGGGUCUGAUGAGCGUAACUGCGAGGAUGAAGAUAUUGAAGGCCCUUGUGAACAUCUGCUUCCAGUCCCAGGAUCUGAAAAAGCAGCCCAAGGAUACAACAUCCUAACACAGGAAGGGAGCCAAUACAUAUUCGAUACUAAUUUUUUUGGAGGCCAGUGUGAGUAUGUCUACAAUGGAGAGUGGCGGGAGCUGAAGUACGAUGCUGCAUGUGAACAUCUGUACUACGGAGAUGACGAGAAGUAUUUCCGCAAACCUUACAACUUUCACAUAUACCAAUUCCUAGCUCAUGCUGAUUCUGGAUUCACUCUUGAGGUUUAUGAUGAUUCAAAUGAUCUGCUUGAUGCUCUUAGAAGUCAUAAAUCCCAAAUGAUAGGCUUUACCAUUGGAAUUGGGCCUGGAAAAUUAGAUUUCCAGGUGGAGCUGGGCUUCACUUUAUCAGGUGGCAAAGGAUCCCUGAAGAAUUUCACGCAAUACACUAGAAAGGAGGUUGGAUUCAUUAGAGGUGUGACAAAGGUGCAGACAGCCCGUUUCAAGAUGAGAAAGGACAACAUCGUUCUGGAUGAAGAUCUGCUGCUCUCCCUGCGGGAGCUUCCAGACACCUAUAACUAUGGCAUGUAUGCCAAAUUCAUUGACGACUACGGCACCCAUUUCAUGACAUCCGGUACUAUGGGAGGUGUCUUUGAGUACAUUUUUGUCAUUAACAAGGAGGAAAUGAGAAGAAAAGAUAUCAGUACCGAAGAGAUUAGCGCCUGUAUUGGCCUGUCCAUUGGCCUUAGCGUCAGUGACAUCAAACUGCAUUUGAAAACGUCUGUGUCACCCUCUGGUUGUGUAAAUAAAGGGUUUCUGAAAACUGAUGCGGAGAGCAACAGUGCAGUUGUGGAAGACAUUAUUCCCCGGAUUAGAGGUGGAGAUACCAGUUACAGCGGAGGGCUCUUAAACAGUUGGGAUGGCAAUAUGUAUCGUCACUGGGGAAGGUCAUUAAAAUAUAAUCCUGCUGUUAUUGAUUUUGAGCUGCAGCCCAUCCAUGAAAUUCUCCGCCGAAGCAACCUUGGCGACAUGGAAUCCAAACGGCAAAAUCUGAAACGGGCUUUGGACGAUUACUUGUUGGAAUUCAACGCCUGCCGCUGCAGACCGUGCCAGAACAAUGGUGAACCCAUUUUGGUGGGAGACACAUGCUUCUGCCAGUGUCGACCAGGUUACGAAGGCCCUGCCUGCGAGAAGACGAAGCGCCGAGGCAGUGAGACAGACGGGCGCUGGAGCUGCUGGUCGCACUGGGCUCCCUGUGCGUCGGGCACAACGCAGCGCAGCCGGCAGUGCAACAACCCGGCCCCGCGGGGCAGCGGGCAGCCCUGCAUGGGGAAGGACCUGCAGAGCAAAGCCUGCUGA